UCACCAUGGCUAAAAAUCGCGAAAAAUCCUAAGAAAAAGACCUCCUUUGCGAUCUCUUGAGUUUAUGUGAGCUAUGAGGGGCCUCUUCCAUUGAAGAUCGCUGCUAGAGGAGCAGGUGAAGACUUGGAGUCCUUAGAUCAAUUUUGAGCGGUGGAUUCUUCUUUGAUUGAUUUGGGCUUGGAUUUUUCUUUAAGGCAGCAUAGUUCUGGUGAUGGAUUUGCAAAGUGAGAGCUCUGUCCUUGAAUCAGUGGAAGCAAAUGGAGCGCUUGACUCUGACAAGCUAGUACAGGUCAAUGAACACCAGACAGAAAACAAUGGAACUUUGGUGGUUAAUGUUCCAGCUGCUUCUUUUACCCCACCUGCCAAAGCUAAAGGAUUUGGGUUGAAGAAAUGGAGGCGGAUUAAGAGGGAAGUCAAUAAAGAUGGAUGUUAUAGUUCAGAUGCUGGUAAGACAUUGAGACGUGGUUCUGUAACUGUAGCAGAUAAGCCUACAGGUUUGUCUGCUGAGAUUUCGAUCAAGAGUGAUGGAUCUUUAUCAUCAUCUACUAAUGCAGAAAUGAGAAAUGUUGGAUUCAAUGCUGGGAUUGCCUUCGAUUCUGGAUCGGCAAUUGGACACAGUUUUGAUGCUGAGACAGAUUCAGACAACAGUGAGGACCACAGUAGUAAGUCAUCUACCGCAGCUAGUAUUCCAAAGUUGAGUCGCAAGACUGCUUCAUGGAUGGGAUAUCAGCCUGAUAGUAAUAGGGUGAAGAAUCAAAGUGAUAUAACUAUUGUAGCAGAUCCCUUUCAACGGGGAAAAAGCCAAAAGGAGACCAGUAAAAAGGCAAGAGGAGAGCGAAUCAAAAUUGAAAAGGAGGAGAACUCUCGUUCCAGCAUGGAAUCUGACUCUAGAAGCACCAAUGUUUUGUUUAUUGAUGGAAAAUUUUCUAUGAACAAUGGGAGGAGAUUCAAUGGGAAGUCAACAAAUUGUGAUGAAGAUAACUUGGAUGAAAUAUUGGAUGGAGAACCUAAAAUCAACUGUGAACACCAAGAUGAUUACGAUAAAGAAAAUGGAAACUCUGAAGAUACUUUGCAGGAUGAUUUUGCUUGGACUGCUAAAGGAAAAUCUGACAACUGUAUAUCCUCAACUGCCCAUGAUCCCCUGGUGGAGUCUAUACUGGCAUUGCAGUUUGCUCAGGAAAUGCUUGAAAAAGAAGUUGUAGGGUUAAAGGAAGUCGAGAUUUCUCUGCUAAAAGAACCAACUCAAAAUAGCUGUUUGCAUUCAGAGUUGAUGGGUGAGAAAUCAUUUGAUCUUUUGGAUAGCAAGGUCAUAAGCUUAAAGUACGAACUGAGUAAAUUAAAAGACAAACUGGAGGAGUCUGCAGCUUUUCUAAAACAAAAGGAGGAUAAGGUUUUUGAACUUGAAGAGGCCCUAAACUUGAACAGUUCAACCAUUGAUGACAUGCAAGAUAUCCUAAAGGGGCAUCAGAAAAAAGAGACUGAUAUGGAGGCUGAGAUUGAGUGUCUGUUCAAUCAGAAGAUUGAAACAGAGAUUCAAUUCAUUGUAGUAUCAAGGUCAAUCCAUAAGUUUGAUGAUGAACUUGCAUUCGACGAGGAGGAAUUGAUGCAUGAAGGAAAAUUUGAGGAGGUGGAAACUCAUUCCACAAAGCUUGUAGAAUCCGAUGAAGUUUUAAAGUUGGAGAAUAAGGCCUACCAGGUUGGUUUAUAUUCUCUUGUUCAGCUCAUAUUGUUUUUUGUUGUAUUUGUACUGUUUUUUGGGCAGUUGUCCAAUUAUUAUUCAGGGAUAGUACCUACAUAGUUUUGACAGGGAAAGUAGUCACCUUUUUGUUUAGCUAUAUCUCUGUGUUAUUAAAUGUCAGAAUUUGCUUUCAUAUUUGAGACGUAAAUUACCCAUUUUAUAUUUGUUUUCCUUCAUUCUGAACAUUAAAAUUGGAGUCUUUUUGAUAUCCUUUGACA